CCAUCAAAGAUGUCAAUCUUUAGAACUGAUCAACUCGAGAAUGCAACGGUUCUUGUAACAGGUGCAUCAGGAGGAAUCGGUGAAGCAACUGCCAUCUUAUUUGCACGUGCAGGAUCAAAUGUCAUCAUCACAGCACGUAGAGAAAGCAAAUUACAAGAAGUCAAAAGUUUAGCAGAAAAAGCAAAUCAAGAAGGAAACACUGGUAAAGGUGGAAAAGUGAUGGCUUUGACAUUAGAUAUGCAAGAUAAAAAAGCUAUUGAUGGGUUCUUAGAUAAACUUCCCAAAGAAUUUCAAAAGAUUGAUAUACUUGUCAAUAACGCUGGUUUAGUUUAUGGACGAGACUCAGUAGGAGACUUAAACUUUGAUGAAGUAGAAGUGAUGAUCAACACAAAUGUUCUUGGCUUAUUCCGACUUACCAACCUCUUGGUCAAAGGAAUGAAGGAGCGAGGUCGGGGGCAUAUUAUAAAUUUAGGUUCCGUAGCUGGUCGUGAAGCAUACGCAGGAGGUUCUAUCUACUGUGCAACUAAACAUGCAGUCAACGCCUUUUCAGGUGCUUUGAUGCGCGAAUUAGUCUCGACUCCUUUACGAGUGAGUGAGGUACAGCCCGGUAUGGUCGAGACUGAGUUCAGUGUGACCCGAUUUAGAGGUGAUCGUAAAGCGGCUGAUCAAGUCUAUGAAGGCUUGAAACCAUUAACGGCUCAAGAUAUCGCAGAAGAGAUCGUAUGGUGUGCAUCAAGACCUCCUCACGUCAAUAUUGCUGAAUUAUUUGUUUUACCAACGGCUCAAGCUAGUGCUGGAUUACAUCAUAAGAUGUCUAAAUGAGUUGAGAUGUUUAGGUAUGAGGUCUUGUUCUUUCGAUCAACCCGAAAAGUAGUGGAUGAGUUUAUAUAUCAUAGAUCUUAGGAGAUGUACUUAGAAGUUUAACUUUGUGGUUGGUUUAUUUAUGUUCAAGAAUGUACAAUUUGAACUAC